AUGAUGUCCCUCCGCACUCUCGCUCGCUCCGUGCCUCGCACCAUCUCGCGCUCUGUCGCUGUCUCUUCCCGCUCCGCCGUUUCCCGGCCGCUGUCCGCAGUCCCCAAGAAUGCUUUCCAGUCUUCUCUGAAGCAGAUUACGAGACCUUCCUAUGCUGCUUUCUCGACGUCUCGCGCUUUCAAGCAGUCCCCUGCUGAAGGUGAUGUUGAGCUCGUCGCCAAGCUUGAGGACGAACUGAAGCACGAGAAGGCUUCUGGCCUCGAGGACCUCGAGUCCUCUGUUCAGAACAUCCAGUAUGUUCUUCAGAACAACUCUUGGGAGGUCAAGGACGUCCCUGGUGAGCAGGAGGUUGUCCUGACGAAGAAGUUCGGCAACGAAGAGAUCCGCCUCACCUUCACCGUCGCCGACCUUCAGAACCUGAGCGAGCAGGAGGACUUCGAUGACGCUGCUCUCGAUGAGAUGGACUUCGGUGGCCACCAGCCUGUCAACCAGGGCCGCUCUGGCAACGUCUCUCAGCACUCCGAAGACCGUGUCGCUCCCGCUGACCGUGAGGGCGAUGAACUGGACCGCGACCUUGAGCCUAGCUUCCCUGCCCGUGUCAACAUCACCGUUGAGAAGCCCAGCAACGGCGCCCUCCUGAUCCAGACUGUUGCUCAGGACGGCCUGUUCCAGAUUGAGGAGGUCUCCUACUUCAACAAGUCCGACCUGGCCCACGCUCAGACUGCCGAGAAGGACUGGACCAGACAGAGCAUGUACGCUGGUCCUCCCUUCGAGAACCUCGAUGAGGACCUGCAGACCUUCCUCGAGCGCUACCUCGACGAGAGGGGAAUCAACGCCGAGCUUGCCAACAUGAUCCCCGACUACAUCCAGGUUAAGGAGCAGAAGGAGUACGUUCGCUGGCUCGAGAACGUCAAGAACUUCGUCUCCGCUUAA